UGGGUUUAGAAACUCUUCCGAGUGAUUGGGAAGAACUUCCUCCUGGCCAUCGGCGGCAUAUGGAAGCACCUGACGUGGUAUUUCACUCCAUCUCAAGUCCAUUCUGUGUUCACACGCAGCCUUAAAAUGCUACUUACCGCUUUACCGAGUCGGGUCAAGCUCAUUUCGGGAUGUUCGUUGGCGUUUACCGCCGCUCGGAUGUAUUCUGCCGGCCCUGCAGCCACCAACCCAGUCGUCUACUUUGACAUUGCUGCUGACCACCAGCCCGUCGGAAGAGUAACCUUCGAGCUGAACGCUGAUGUUGUGCCCAAAACAGCAGAGAACUUCAGAGCACUGUGCACAGGAGAACAUGGCUUUGGCUACAAGGGAUCCAUCUUCCACAGGGUCAUACCUCAGUUCAUGUGCCAGGGGGGAGACUUCACUAAUCACAAUGGAACCGGAGGGAAGUCUAUCUAUGGACCCAAAUUCAAAGACGAGAACUUCAAAUUGAAGCACACAGGACCUGGUAUUCUGUCAAUGGCCAACGCUGGGCCCAACACCAACGGCUCUCAGUUCUUCAUCUGCACCGACAAGACAGAGUGGCUGGAUGGCAAGCAUGUUGUGUUUGGCGCUGUGACCCAGGGACUGGACGUGAUCAGGAAAGUGGAGAUGUUCGGAUCCCGGUCCGGCCGCACCUCCAAGAGGAUCACCAUCGCAGACUGUGGAGAGCUUAAGUAGCCUGGGAGUCCCAAAUUGCAUCAUAUUCCCUAUAUAGUGCACGGCAGAGGGAGAUGGGACACAGGCAUGGAGCGGGGCGCGAUGGUUUCUAUGUGAACUGGUCGAUGGCAGGGUGGUGGCCCGCAUGUGGUUUUAUUUGGCCCCCGAAGUUUUCUGAGGAAAAAAACAUUUAUUUUUUAUUGUUGGACAUAAAAGACUAUAAAAAAACAUCAGGAAAUGAGUUUCAAGUGAUUUUAAUUUAAAAAAUAAUUUUCCAAGUAUUCCCACACAUAAUAGAGACACGUGAUCGCAUACAAACGUAAGCAAGGUUUGAAAUGAUCAGCAUAGGUCUUCCUCUUUUAAACGCAGCCAUUGUGUCUGUUCUGAGUGUUGACAAUAGUGGAUUAUUUUUCAGGGAUAUUGUGUCAAACACUGUUUGGGGGGGGAAAGGGAGAGUUAGACUUAUUCUGUGAUGGAUCUUUUCGAUAAAUAACUCCUCCAAUGUGAACGUGUCCAAUAAACCAGUUUUGUGUGUGUG